ACAAAAAAGUCAAUAAAAUAAAGAUCAAUUAUUAAAAAAAUGAAAAAUGUACCGAGCACUGCAUGUAUUUUUCAAGUGUUGUAACUAAAAGUGACGGAUGAUAUAUAAUUGUAUUUUAUAACUCACAACAAAAGCCAUAUUACACCAUAAAAAACUUACAACUAAAAAGUGAAUAAUGUUUAUAUAUUUUUAAGUGUUACAUUUUUAUACCUAUGUAAGGGUAUGAUUAUCAACAAUCUAUUUCUUAGUAUAUGCGUUCAAAAGCGUACCCAAUAAAUUUUGGGUGUCAUGACAAGCUAUUAUAACUUGACUAUAAACAUCGAUUAUGUCGUGCGCAACGCGCGCGUAGACUCCCCUAGUAUCAUGAAAACAUACAAGCUUCUUAACAUUUGUAUUUCUUUCUUUCAAAAAAAAAAAAAAAAAAAAAAAGGGUUCAUGUGUAGGGCUCGGCUAGUGAUAUAGAGUGGCACGACGUGGUGCAUCCCCAAACCAACCAUCCAACAUUACAACCUCCUAACAAAUGCACAUUAAACCUAACCCCAAACCAAAUGUAACCAUAAUCUAUCUCCUUUUCAAAGGCGCCAAAUUUAUUAACUUCCCCAAAUGCGCCUUCCCCUUUCUCUCUCCUCAAACCACCUCUUCUUCCUCUCUCCCAAUUUCAAACCCCCAUUUUCAAUAACUUCCUCAAUUCUCCCAAAAAUGGCGGAUUCGGGUAAUUCUUCUUUAAUCUGGUUCAGAAAAGGGCUCCGAAUUCACGACAACCCGGCUUUAGAGCAUGCUGCUAAUGGGUCGGAUUUUGUGUACCCGGUUUUUGUGAUUGACCCGCAUUAUAUGGAGCCUGACCCGGAUGUUUUUUCACCCGGUUCGUCUAGGGCUGGGGUGAACCGGAUUAAGUUUUUGCUUGAGAGUUUGUUGGACUUGGAUUGUAGUCUUAACAAGAUUGGGUCUAGGUUGUUGGUUUUUAAGGGUGAACCUGGUGAUAUCUUGAUUCAUUGCUUAAAACAGUGGAACAUAAAGAAGCUUUGCUUUGAGUAUGAUACUGAUCCAUAUUAUCAAGAUUUGAGUGCUAGAGUCGAGAAAUAUGCAUCUCAAGAAGGAAUUAAAGUUUUCUCUCCUGUGAGUCAUACGCUGUUUGAUCCUAGAGCGGUUAUAGCUAAGAAUGGGGGCAAGCCACCUCUUACAUACCAGUCAUUUCUGAAGGUUGCUGGUCAACCCUCUUGGGCCUCUUCUCCAGUUUCAACUGGACCAUCAUCCAUUCCUCCUCCUGGGGAUAUAGGUGAUUUGCAAAUUUCAAAUGUUCCGACAAUGGAAGAACUUGGCUAUCUAAACAUUGGACAGCAUGAAUUUUCUCCAUUUAAAGGUGGUGAAUCUGAAGCACUAAAGAGGUUGAAGCAAUCACUUGAUGAUAAGGCAUGGGUGGCUAAGUUUGAGAAGCCAAAAGGGAAUCCCUCUUCUUUUCUUAAGCCUGCAACUACUGUUCUGUCACCAUAUUUGAAAUUUGGCUGUAUAUCUUCCAGGUACUUUUAUCAAUGUAUUCAAGAAGUAUAUAAGAGUGUCAAGCAACAUACAUCCCCACCUGUUUCUCUUCUUGGACAGUUGUUGUGGCGGGACUUUUUUUAUACAGCAUCUUUUGGCACUCCCAAUAUUGAUCGGAUGAAGGGAAACCAAAUUUGUAAGCAGAUCCCUUGGAAUGAAGAUAGUGAGCUGCUUGCUGCUUGGAGAGAUGGAAGGACUGGGUAUCCUUGGAUUGAUGCCAUCAUGACACAGCUUCAUAAAUGGGGUUGGAUGCACCAUCUUGCACGACAUUGUGUUGCAUGCUUCCUUACCCGUGGUGAUUUGUUUAUUCACUGGGAGAAAGGUCGUGAUGUAUUUGAGAGGUUAUUGAUUGACUCAGAUUGGUCAAUAAACAAUGGAAAUUGGCUCUGGCUUUCUUGUUCCUCAUUUUUUUAUGAGUAUCACAGAAUUUACUCACCAAUCUCAUUCGGGAAGAAACAUGACCCAAAUGGCGAUUUUAUCAGGCAUUUUCUCCCUGUAUUGAAAGAUAUGCCAAAACAAUACAUUUAUGAACCAUGGACAGCUCCCAAGAGCGUCCAAGUGAAGGCUAAAUGCAUAAUUGGGAAAGAUUAUCCAAGUCCUGUGGUUUCCCAUGAUUCUGCAAGCAAAGAAUGCAAACGGAAGUUGGCUGAAGCAUAUGCAUUGAAUCGUCAGUUAAAUGGUUCUGUCAGUGAAGAUGAUCUAUGCAAGUUGAGACGGAAAUUAGAGGAAGAUCAGCAGAUACAGAAACCUGCUGCUAAAAAGCAAAAGCAGAAGUUAAUUACUGAUUAACACUAGUAUCUUGAUCCGUAGCUAGGCUGAUGAUCUUGAUUAGUAUAGUAGUGCUGCAGUGCACUAGUUCAUAUUUAUUCUAACAUCAAGUUGAAGUUUGUAGGAAGUUGUGAUCUGUACUUCCUGUAGUAUUUGUUCUGAUAUAAAUGUAAGUAUUCAACCAGUUCCCAAUUCCUGUGUAGGACUUUUACAAGGUCAAAGACAAUGUAACAUUUAUUAGGAAGUACUACAUAGGGUUAAUUUAUAA